AUGGCGUUGCCAGUGGUUGAUGACGACGAUGCCCGUGGUUCCUUCCACGGUGUCGUGGAGCUGAAGGUAAAAUCUGCGCAUGCUGACGGCGCAGCCCACAGCCUCCUUGCUUACUUAAGCGAUGAGGAGCAGAAAGAAUGGACGGCUACACAGGUGGCGACUUUCCUUGGUCGCUCGCGCAGCGAGAAGGCGAGCCUGGAGCGGCUGCGAGACUCGUUGGAGGCAAUCGAGGACCGCCACCUGCCGGACCGCGCCCACGCGUGCAAGGCCUUCGGCAACCUGCUGGCCAAACUCUGUGCCUGCACUGGCCCCCUUGCGCUGGCAUUUCGAGUGCUGGAAGGAGGUGGCCAUGAGGACCCGAACUGGGCCCACAUAUCUGUGGGUGUGGAUUCGAAGAUUGCAACGGAAAUGUUGUGGACACAGACAGUCUACGACCAGUUUAUCAAAGAUGCAUGGGCAAACGAUCUGGCCGAUGACUCCAAGCCAUGGGUCACUUCGGCGAUUGGCUCAAUUUGCUUGGCCGAGCUGAUUUGCUUCGGCUUGGACCCGAAGCACAGUCGUGCGCUCAGGCAGCUGCUGCUGCCAAACUGCCUGUGCCUGUUGAGCCAGCUGGCGCAGCAUCUGGACACUCACGUGGAAGAGCUGGGAAAAAGUGGCGAUGGCAGUGAGCGAAUCAGCCGGCGGAAGAAGUUCACGGCCGUGGCGCUGAUGGAGCGCUGCAAGAUUGCGAGUCGGAUGUGGAACGGCGAGGACCGUUUCCUGGCGAAGGCCAUGAAAGCUGUGCUUGGUGAUGCGGCCGCCAACAUGACCCACUGGCAAGCAGCGCACAAUGCAAUGGCAGCAUAG